UCACGUCGUCGAUGUCGUAGUCAGGAGCUUCUCUGGCACAUCGCGGCGAUUAUAAAGAACGAAAAGAAAAAGGCUCUCUUUACACGUAACGUUCACCUGCAGGCUGCAUCUCUCUCUCUCUCUCUGUCUCUCGCUCGCUCGCUUUUGGCUCUGAAAUGAUCGCAUCCACGGCUACAUAGUCUCUUGCUGCUUUUUCUGCGCAAUGGCUGCGAAUCAGUUCGAGGAGAACAUCUUUUAUCUGUAAUAGGAGAGGAUGGCUGCUUAGACUCUUAGUGAUAUCGUAACUUUCAUGUCACGAUGGUCGCGUAUUGGUUUAAUGAUUGUGGGCAAACAAAAUAUCCAGGGCAUUCUGGAUGGAAAAGGCAGUGUACCUGUCAGUUGUCCAUGUUUCAAGCUACUAAAGCCCAGUUUUGAUGAGGUCAACCAACACUGUUCUAUAGAUAUUUUGCCAAUUCUUCUGGAGGAGGCUUCAUUUCCCGAAAGAUUAAAUUGCCCCUCUCACAGUUCACAUGGCCAAGAUGUCUACAGCAUUUCAGUGUUGUCUGGUGAAGGCAACAGUCCACAAUGUGCUUCAGAGUUGGCAUUUCUAAGCUUCUUGGAAGUUGCUAAUCUAUCCAAAAAUCAGGCGUGCUUGGAUGCACAAUUGAAUUGUCAGAACUGCAUUGAUUUGAAAACGAAAAGCAUUGAUGCUAUUCCCCCAUGCAUUAUCGAUAAAAAUAUAGAAAAGAUUCAUUCAAAAACAGCUGAAUCCACUGAUGAAGCUGUUGAAAGUUUAAAAGGCGAGGGUGUGCUAACUAGGGUGUUGUGGAGACAGGCAAGCCUUAAAAUAGGUGGAAAACUAAUGCAACUUUUGACGAACCAUGGCACUUCAAGAGAUAAAUCAGUGACUGAGAGAGCCCAUGAUACUCCAAAUAAUCGAUGGAGAAGGUAUAAACGUUCUGCUUCAUUCGAUUCAAGGAAGAUCUCCUUCGAUUCAAGAAAGAUCGUUCUCCUAUUUUCAAUCUUGUCAAGUUUGGGAACAUUGGUACUGAUAUAUCUGACGUUGAGAGUUAGGCAGAUUGGUGAUGGUUAUGUUCAUGUCUGACGUUGAGAGUUAGGCAGAUUGGUGAUGGUUAUGUUCAUGUCUGAUGUGUCUUGGUCUUGCCUUUUCUGCCUUCCAUUUCUUGCUUCUACUUGUUUUUAUGAAGUUCUCUUGAACUACUGUUGAAGUUCCCUUCAUAAUGUUCAUACAAACAUGUUAACCAUGUGCCCUCUGUACAUAAGUAGUGUCAUCCACAUUCCUUUUCGUUUCUUGUAUAAUAAGCAACUAUCAUGAGCUUUUCUCAAUCUUCAUGUUUCUGCUAGGUGUGCUAGGUGUCCAUUGUGCUAUCCUCCUAUUGAAAUCCGAUGUGGAAUAUUGUGAAAAAGAGUAAUGCUACUCUGCACAUCCAUUUAUCACACAUUUUGCUUCGGUUA